UCUGCAGCAACAAAUCGGCUCCGGUCCUGAGACAAUCUGCUACAUUUCUGCGGGGGGUCAUGGAGGUGUCGUCUCACAGCCUCUUCCUGCUGCAGCAGCUCAACGUUCAGAGAGAGUUUGGCUUCCUGUGCGACUGCACUGUUGCCAUCGGCAACGUCUACUUCAAAGCUCAUCGCGCAGUGCUGGCUGCCUUCUCCAACUACUUCAAAAUGAUCUUCAUCCAUCAGUCCAGUGAGUGCAUAAAGAUCCAGCCCACAGACAUCCAGCCGGACGUCUUCAGCUACCUGCUGCACAUCAUGUACACUGGCCUGUGUCCCAAACAGCCGGUGGACCAGAGCCGGCUACAGGACGGCAUCAAGUUCCUCCAUGCCUACCAGCUGUGCCGCAAACCGGAUGAGGGCGCCGCCGACGCAACCACCGACGUGGUCCGCAUGUCCAACCUCUACGGCAUCCAGAUCUCCUCUCAGCUGGCCAACAAGGAGGGGCCUGGUGUCCCCAAGACCACCACCAUGUCCCGCGGCGCCCCCGAGGAUGGGCGCUCCUCCGGCCGGGGGGGGCGGUCCCACUCGCAGCUGUCCCUCACCGUCGGACUGGAGGGGGUCCCAUCAGACUGUCAGGCCUCAGCGCUGCGCAAUGUCUGCUCUGUGGCGUCCGGAGACGACUCGGACAUCUCGGCUCGCAUCAAGCAGGAGCGGGUGGAGGAGGAGGAGGGGGAGGACGGUGAGGGGGAGGAGUGUCCGGGGGCGGGGUCUCUGUCUCCAGCGCAGGGCAGCAGUCCCAGUCAGAGUCUCCUCUUUAAAGACCGCCCACUGGUCCUGCUGUGUCCCCGCUGCGGGGAGCGCUGCUCCUCCCCUGAGGGCCUGCGGGAGCACCUGUUCAGCCAUGCCCUUGACCCCUCCCGCCUGAUGGACAGCAGAGAGCUGCACGCCGGCACGGAGGAGGGGCCACCUGGCAGCCAGGAGCAGCUGGACGCAGGAUGUCUGGAGGAGGCGCUGCGGCAGAGCCAGGUGCUGGCCAAUCAACUGGCCGCUGAGCUGAGGCGGAGUCGGGGCGGAGGAGGAGGAGGAGGGGGGAGCAGCCCCGCCCCCGCCGUCUUACACUCGCGUAAACGUAAGAUUGCCUGCGCCGUCUGCAGCCUGCGCUUCUCCCACAAGAGCCAGCUGCAGGAGCACAUGUACACCCACACCGGCAAACCGUCCCGCUACCACCGCUACAACCGCCUCUGCAGCCAGCUCUUCCAGGCCUCCGCCCACUUCUGUGAGGGCGCCGCAGAAGCCGGCGGAGGGGGUGGGGCCUCAGCCGGCACCGCUGCUGCACUCUCUGAAGAGGCCAACAGGGACACUCAAGACAACGGCAGCUCCUGCUACUCUCUGGACUCUGAGAUCUCCCAGGAAAGUGUGGAUGGCGUGCCUGUGGAGUGAUGUCAUGAACUGAUGUCACAGAGAGAUGUUUUACCACAAGGUGGCAUGACUGACACACAGGUGG